AUGCGGCGCGUGGUGCGGAUCCACUUCGCAAUGCGGCGCGUGGUGCUCCUACUCUGCGCCGUGCUGCAAGCCAACGGCUUCCAUGCCGCGCCGCCGCCGCAGCGGCCCAGCACGCUGCUGCGAGCGUCGCCGCUGUCGUCCAUCCCCGUGGGCUCCAUCGUGCUCGGCGCGCUCGCCAUUGGCUCGGUGGGCGACCUCGUCGUCGAGGUGCCCAAGCUCGGCGGCGAGGGCGCGGACUACAUCGGCACGCUGCUCGACGCCGCGUUCCUGGGCUACGCGACGAAGACGCUCGGCGCGCAGUCGGGCCUGCUCGCGGACGCGGCGCCGGCGACGACGGUCGAGGGUUUGGAGCUCUGCGUGUCGCUCAGCGUCGGCCGCGAGGACGGCACGUGGAUGCCCAAGGACUGGGCCGCGUCCGGCGCGCGACUCCUGCUGCCGCUCGACGUCCGCUUCGAGGACGAGCGCCUCGACCUCGGCUUCCCGGGCGAGGAGGCGCUCGGCGGGCGGUUCUGCCGGCGGCUGAGCUGCGACGGCGGGUCCUUCGUGGGCCGCGACGGCCGCGUGGAGGUGGCCGCGGCCUUCUUCGACGCGGACCUCGACAAGGACAUGGCGGUCCGCAUCCCGCCGGGCGACGUCGUCGAAGCGCCGUCGGGCUGCAAGGUCGUCCGGUCCGGCGGCCUGACCAUCAAGCAGAACAGCUGGAAGAACGGUUUUGGCGCCUUCGGCGACUCUGGUGGGCUGCCCGGCGGCAUGGCGUCGCUCAUGGAGGCCAACGACGCGGGCUUCGGCUGCGACCUGGCGCUCUGGGAGCCCGUGCGCCUGACGGCCGCCGUCGACGGCCUCGCCGUCGGCACGGCGGGCGUCGUCGUCGGCUGGACCGGCGAGGCCUACCGCGUGGCGCCGAGCUGCAUCACGGCGCGGGAGCGGCCCGUCGUCGCGCGGCCCGAGGAGCUGGCGCCGCGGGAGCGGCCGCCCAUCGCCGGCGCGGAGGCCCUCGCGCGCACGCCCGUCGUCUCCGGCGACAGCGACUUCGGCGCGUGCGCGCUCUGCGAAGCCGACGUCGCGCGAAAGCUCGGCCUCGUGUCGCCGCUCUACACGUGCUGCGGCGGGUCCGGCGCCGAGACGUUGGACGGCGACCUGCGCGCGCAGCGCAUCGAGGCCCACAAGGCGAAGCAGCGGCCGCGCCUCGGCCGCACGGCGUCGCUGACGGCGGAGAUCGCCGCGCGGCGGGACCACGCCAAGGCCGGCGAAAACUCCGGCUUCCGGAGCGGGCGGCCGCGCCUGCGGAGCGACGGCCCCUACUUCGUCCACGAGCGGGCCGCGGCGGACGUCGCCGUCGCCGCGACGGCCGCCGCCGCCGCGGACGCCGCCGCCAGGGGCCGCGCGUUCGCCGCGAACCUCUUCGGCGCGCCGGGCAUCGGCGACGGCGUGACGCGCGUCUCCGACGCGGCGAACGACCUGGGCCUCGCGGCGCCCCUCGCGCGCGCGCUCAAACGGGGCAAGCUCACCGUCGCCUUCUCGGGCCAUUCCGCGGCCGCGGGCCACGGCAACAUGUUCAACGAGAGCUUCCCCUUCGCGUUCCAGCGCCUCCUGGGGCCGGCCCUCGCCGCCGCGGGCGUCGAGCUCCGCGUGGGCAACUUCGCGCUCGGGGGCACGCACUCGAGGCCGCAUCCGACGUUCUGCGCGCGGGAAGUCUGGGGCGACGACGUCGACUACGUCAACUGGGACUUCGACAUGACCGAGGCCGGGGGCCAGGACCGCGACGGCAUGCUCGCCUUCGCCGCGGCGCUCGGCGCGGCCUACGACCCGCCGCCCGUGCUCGUCGUCAAGGGCGGCGGCGUCGACGACCGCGCGCGGCUCGCCGCCAAGGUCCUCGAGCCCAACAGCCCCGUGCUCCGCUACGACCCGCGCAAGCUCAUGACGGGCCCCUUCGCCGAGGCCGAGCUCGACAGGAACAGGAAGUGCGUCGUCGCGCUCCUCGCGCCGAGCCUGGCCAAAGGCGGCGGCUGCGCCGACGGCGCGCGCUUCCACAGCGGCUCCGGCGGCCGCUGCUCGUCCCAGGUCAAGUGGCACCCGGGCUGGGCGGUCCACGAGUUCCACGGCGCGGCCUUAGCGCUGCCCUGGCUCAAGGCGCUCGAGAAUCUGCUCCGCGACGUCGCGGCGACCGGCGCGAAGGCGCUCGACGCCGUCGAGAAGCCCAAGCCGUGGGCGCCGGCGCCGGGCUUCGAUUGGGGCGACGCGGGCUUCCUCGCCGAAAAGGUCGCCGGGGGGCUGGCCUGCGCGACGGCCUACGAGCCCCGCGCGGGCCGCGGCGUCGCGGACCUCGUCAAGGACGCGAGCGCGCUCGAGGCGCCGCGGCAGCGCGCGGCCGCGGGCGUCGAGCCCGACGGCUGCGGCCAGGGGCCCAUGGACGCGCGGGGCGCCCUCCUCGUCGCGCCGGACAUGGGAGCCGUCGAGCUCGCGCUGCCGGGCGCGAAACCGCCGCUCGCGACGCUGCUGCUCUGCGAACCGGCGACGGGGUGGAACCGCGCGCGCGGCAUGGUGCCCCUCGACGACGGCGCCAAGGCGACCUGGACCCUCGACGGCGCGCCACUGACGCUCGCGCCCCUCCCGCGCAACAGCCACCUCCAGCGGUGCUACGUCGCGACGGCCGCGGGCGCCGGCGCCGGCGCCGGCGGCGCCGGCGCGGUCCUCGCCGUCGCGGCCAAGGGCGGCAGCCACGAGCACCUCCGCAUCUCCCAGGUGAUCUGGAGCAACGCGUCGGAGCCGGCGCUCCCCAACGGCGCCGUCGCAGCGCCCGCGGCGGCGGCGCCGGCGCGCGCGCCGGGCGCCGCGGCGAGCGCGGCGGCGCCGCCGGCGCGCGCGCCGAGCGCGGGCUCGCUGUCGGCCGGCGCGCCCGGUGCGAUGAAGAAGUCGAGCAGCGCCGACGGGAAGCUGCAGCAGCUGCUGUCGCUGGCGCGGGACCGGCUGCAGGCGCAGCAGAAGCUGCUGGCGUCGCGCGAGGCCCGCAUCUCCGAGCUCGCGCGGCAGCUCGAGGACGAGCGGUCGCGCGCGCCGGCCGCGGGCGACGCGCGCGCGCUGACGCCCGCGCGCGCGCUGGGCCACGUGUCGGAGCGCACGGUCUUCCCCGGGUCCGCGUCGGCGGGCCGCUGGAUCCUGUUCGAGUUCGAGGAGUCGGAGGACCUCGAGUGGCGCCACUUCGAGAGCGCGGCCGCGGUCAACGACUUCGUGCGGCGGGACCCGGGCCGCGAGCCCGUCGUCGUGCCCGAGGCGGCGAUGACGCAGCACGACGCGAGCCGCGUGCGCGAGCGCGCCGCGUCCGACGUCGCGCGCGCCACCGAGGACCUGCGGAAGUACCGCGUCGCCGCGGAAUUGGAGCGGAAGCAGAAGGACGCGCUCCUCCGCGACGCGACGGCGAGCCGCGUGUCGCGGGACCAGAGCGCCCUCGACCGCGCGCGCGACGCCCUGCUCGAGGCGACGGCGCCGCCGCCGGCGCCGCCGGCGCCGUCGGCCGACGAGGCGCGCGCCGCGCUGCAACGCGCGCACGACGCGCUCGAGGCCGAGAACGCGCGGCUCCGCGCCGUGGGCUCGGACAGCGCCCUCGCGGCCCAGUGGCGCCAGCGCUACGAGACCGUCGCCGGCGACGCGGAGCGGCUCCGCGAGGAGAACCGGCUGCUGCGGGCCGCGCGGCGCGGCGCCGCGGGGCCGGACCUCGCGGCCAAGUACGACGACCUCAAGCGCGAGUACAAGCUCUACCGCGAGAACGCGCGCAAGGCCCUCAAGGAGUCCGACGCCGCGGGGACCGCGGCGCCGCGCGCGCUCGACGCGCUCGGCGACCGCGGCGACCGCCGGCGGCCGCCGCCGCGCGGCGCGCACCCCGAGGGCGACAAGUUCGCCUACCUCAAGAACCUCAUGACCAAGUACCUCGGCACGGCGGACCCGGACGCCAAGGAGCACAUGGAGCGCGCGGUCAUGAUGGUCCUCGGCUACACGGACGACGAGAAGGCGCGCAUCCUCGCGGACCGCGACGCGUCGGGCAGCGGCCUCGCGCCCGCGGGGCUCGCGGCCUGGUGGGGGUAA